AUGGCUGCCCUCUUAUCUUCCCUUCCUCGCUCUCCAUCCUCUUUCGAUACCCCUCAGUCUGCUGUCAAACCGUCAUGCCAACAACGACGACGAACUGACAUCUCCAGGAGAGACCGCCAGGGGAGAGCAGGAAGAUUGUCGCUGCGUUCAGCAUGGGCCAGAGCGGGAGUUGUCUUUGGACACAGAGUGUGUGAUCCAGGUCAACAACAGCUCAGGAAGCCAGCAGAAGACGGACUAGUCGCGGAUGACAAUCUCUCCUUUCUCAUGUCCUCGCCGAACGCCAAAGACCAGGGUUAUCAGCAAGACUCGGAAUAUCUGAUGUCAGGAGCAAUUUCUACAGGGAGCCUUGUCAGCAAUGCAGGAGAGACAGUCGCAGCGACCCAGACCAGUCCGGGACAUGUGACCAAUGCUGAUUCCAAGAUGGAUACCGCGAGUACAUGCGAGAAGAUUCAUGUCGAACCGGCCAAGAAGGCUCAUGAGAGAGAUUGGCGAGAGCUUCGGCACCGACUGGAACGGAAAAUUGCUGCGGCGGCGGCCCAUGCGAUGAGCGGGAGACACGACUCGGGUGAAGGAGAACGUCGCAGGCCCAAAUGGUUUCUAGGGACUGUCACACCACAGGAUAAAUCUAAGGAACCACGUCUGUUCACGGUCAACAGCGAGGACAAAAUCACCAUGCGAGGUGCCAACCCGAGAACAGGUGUGGUAAGCCCCAGCAAUCACACAGAGAGCUCUCAGGAGGACAACGUACCACAUCAGGCAUGCCGUCAAAGGUGGAAGAUGCAAGGCGACCAGUGGAUCUGUGUCAAUGUUAGUCCGUCGUCAUCUGAAAAGUCGCGGCCGUCCGGUACAAAGAAUUGCUGCCCUAAAGAGCAAUCUUCGCAAGUGUCCGUGCCUGAUAUGCUGUCGGACGAUUGGGAGGACAAGUUCGUUGUCAACAUGCCAUCCGCAAAAGAGCCUAAUCCUCCGACCAUGACGCCGGAACAAAUCAAAGAAUAUCAAGAGAAUAUCGAGAGAGUGAGACUCGAAAGAGAGAAGAUGCAUGAAAUUGGUUCGGGACCCAAUCACCGUGCCGGCACUCCUGACGCUGCAGACCAAACGAUGCGGAAGAAUCCAGCCUCGCCGCCGUCGGGUGUUGGUCAAUAUUUUAGCCCAGAUGAAGUCGGACAAGAUCUGGUAAGUCCGAUUCAGGAGGGCUCCCAUCAGAAGCAAAAGGACUUCUAUGACAGUAUCGGAGAUGAGGGUUUCGUGGGAUGUAUAGAGAUAGACCGGCCCUACGCGAAGAAUCCGGACGAAAUUCUCCUAUUUCCGAACGUGGAGGACGACUGCCAAUAUUCCCUAUUUCCGUGGACCCCAACAUCGAAGAAAGAGGGGGAAAGGAAGCAGGGUGUCCACCUGAACAGGCUGUCGGCGUUUGAAAAGGCCGUGGUAUCAGAAGAAGACCUACCAUCUCAGUGUACGAGGCCGCCGCUGAGUUCAAAUCAGCGAACUGCCAGCGCGCCCCAAAAGUCCAAUGUGCAGGCGUCUCUCGCUCAGCGCGCAGGGACGAUAACCAACCAGCCGUCAGUGAGCCCCCCGAACAGAAUUCCUAAGCCCACGGCCACGGGAAAGGAGAAUCAGGUGGAACAGGCCAACCGGAAGGAUGACGAUGAUGUGUUCAUUGUCACUCCUACCGUAACGCGUGUGAUGGUGCCGCCGUCCAUCUCAAAAAGUAUGACAGAGCCUUCUCGGCUUCGCCAAAACCAGAGGCAAUCCCCUCCUGCCACCAAGUUUGGGACGCACGUUUCUCCCGGAAGACCGAAUCCACAGUUCAUGGGUCCUCCCAAGACCACACCAGCCUCAGAAUAUCCUAUACACCAUGGAAAUAGCGUCCGUCAGGGGCCCGGAACCAGCUCGCCUACAGCUAGGUACGCCCAUCUGGCAGCUGCGUCAGCGACGCAAGCCAAACAAGGGAGUCCUCAAGGCAAGGAAUUCACGAUAAUGACUGAGAGUCGCGCCGGCCCCGCUCCAAAGAAUAGCGGUCAUCUGAAGCUAGAUACGCGUGAUGUCUUUAAAGACAUGCCCGCCACUAAAGGGCCUAUGAUCCAAGAUAUCGUCUCCCCAGCUGAAGAAAGAGCACGGAACAUUUUCCGUGAUCGAAGCAGCAAAGCACCAAGCGUGGCAGAGCUGGACGGCCUACAAAUUUUUCAGCAGAUGGCAGGAGUUCCCGCCAGUGAUGGCCCGUCUCAAGCGGAUCAGGGUCCACAGAAAAGCCGGGAGAAUGUCACUGGCUCCGGAAGGCCUGAAAACAGCAGAACUCACUCUAUUCGUGUCGAAGUCAAGAGGGCAGCAACGCAGCCCGACGUAGCCAAACCGGCGGAAAAGAGGACGGAAGCCAAGAAAGCGGCGGAGAGGCUUGUAGAGUCUCGAAAGAGAGCGGAACGACUGGCCGAAGCUCAGGCUGCAUACAAGAAGGCAGAAGCUGAGAAAGGUGCUAAUCAAAAGACUCCGCCUAAGUCGGCUGCGGAUCGGCUGAAAGAACGCAUGAUAGCGGCGGAGAAAUUGGCCGAAGCUCAAGCUGCGUACCGUGAAGCGCAGGCGAAGAAGGCGGCGGCGAAAAAGGCUGCGGAAGAGAGGGCAGAUCAGAAAAGAACUGGGGAGAAAGCGGCAGAAGAAAAGAAAGCGGAGAAAGCAGAGAGGAAGACCGAGGCUAGAAAGAGCGCAGAAUCGAAAGCUUCUUCGUCUGAUCCUAGAUCUGAGGGCCAAACUCCGGAAAACAGCGACGAGCACAAAGAUGGCCUGGGCAAAGCUGCAUGGGCUCGCCCGACGCAGUCGGAUAUUCCAUCACCUCUUGGCGGUUUCGGAGAAGCUGUUCGAAAUGGCCGGCCACUGCUUGCGGGUGUCAUCUCGGCUCUGCGAGACAUGGCUGGCGUAUCGACGGACGGGGUCGUGGCCGGAGCCGAACAGAAGGAGUUGUCGACGCAGUCAUCGAUUGAACUGGACUACAAACAGCAAGAACAGACAAAGGUUCCAAUAACAGCUUACUAUUCAAUUGAGCCUGACUUUACCCGUACCUAUUAUUAA